AUGCUGGGUUAUAAUAACUCUUCAGAUUUUCAGAAGAUCGGCCUAGGUUUGCUUGCUUUUGGAGUGGGUUUUCUUUGUCUUGGUGUUCUAUUUUUCUUCGACGGUGCUCUAUUGGCUCUAGGUAAUGUUCUUUUCUUAGGCGGAAUAGGAUGUCUUAUUGGAUUGCAGAAGGCUUGCACAUUCUUUUUUCGCCGUACGAGUUUGAAAGGAGCAGUUUUCUUCUUCGGGGGCAUAUCCGUUGUCCUCUUUGGCUUCCCUUUCAUAGGAAUGCUGUUGGAAAUUUAUGGAAUGAUAAAUUUAUUCAGUAAAUUUAUCCCAGUGGCAAUCAAAUUUUUGUAUGGUGUUCCUGUAAUCGGUUGGAUCUUAUGGCUUCCCGGGAUUAACGGAGUAAGUCUACGUUUAGAACUUCGGAAUAUGAUGUGUACUUAA